CUUCUGUACUUCAAACCAGUCCCGACCCUCAUUAUCUUGCCCAAUUGAAACAUUUGUCUCACUUCUCCCGGACUUGAGGGAAGUUUCGCCAUAAUCUAACAGAUACAUCGACAAAUUAAAACCAGUCCACCCGGUGUCGCACCACCUACUUACAACGCUGUGAAAUAGAACCAGUAAGCUUCGUUGUGUUCAAAAUGGAGGACGUUAAGAUCCAGGAUUUCUCUUCGCUCUUCAGCCUGAAGGGUAAAGUAGCCGUCGUCACCGGCGGCUCCCGGGGGCUCGGUCUCACAGCCGCCUCAGCCAUCCUCCAAGCAGGCGCCUCCAAGGUCUUCAUAUCCUCCCGCAAGGCCAAGGCCUGCGACGAGGCCGUCGCGCUCCUGAACAAGCUCCCAAACCUGGCCCCGGGGGCCCAGGCCAUCUCCGUCCCCGCGGACAGCAGCACCGUCGAGGGCGUGCAGGCGCUGGUGGACGGCGUCAGGAAGCACACGGCACACGUGGACAUCGUGCUCGCCAACGCGGGGGCCACGUGGGGCGAGGCCUUUGACACGCACCCGGACAGCGCCUUCGCGAAGGUGAUGGACCUCAACGUGCGCGCCGUGUUCAACACGGUGCGGCUCUUCGCCCCCCUGCUGCAGAAGCGCGCCUCGGUCGAGGACCCGAGCCGCGUCGUCAUCACCUCCUCGGUUGCCGGGCUCGGCGUCGGCACGCUCGGCGCGCAGGGCACGUAUGGGUACAGCGCGUCCAAGGCCGGCGUGCUGCACCUGGGGCGCAACCUUGCGCUCGAGCUGGGGCCCCGCCACAUCACCGUCAACAGCAUCUGCCCGGGCUUCUUCCCCACCAAGAUGUCCAACGGCCUGAUGGAGAUGUCUGGCGGCGUGGAGAAGCUGGCCAAGGCCAACCCCAUGAGGAGGCUUGGCAAGCCGGAGGAUAUCGCUGGUGUCGUGGUGUAUCUGUGCUCGAGGGCCGGGAGCCACGUCAACGGUGAUGCUAUCGAGGUCGACGGAGGGGCACUGUGGCAGCGUGGGGAGCUUCUCGCACCGGGCGAGGCGAAGUUGUAAAAAGUGUAUCAGAUGUCCGGUGUUGAGAAUAAGACAUAAUUAGACAUUUG